AUGAAUGAUCCUAUUCAUAAUAAAGAGCUCAGACAGAAACUAAUUCCAUUGGAUACAAAUAGUUUGAAAGAAGAUCUUAAUAAAAGCAUUGAAUUGGGGCGCAAAAAGAGAAAACAGUUGACUCUUGAUAAUCCUGAAUUUAACAUCAAGCAAGAGAUUGAGGAUGAGAAAUAGAACAUUAAGGUGCAAACCCUCAUAAGGAGGGGAAUAGCAGAUGGUCUAAAGAUGUAAGAAUUAUUAAAGUUGAAGGUUUCAGCGAAAGACAAUAACAACCCUGUUCACAGUCUCUUUAGAUGGUGCAUGCUAAUACUUUAUAAGGAGAAUCCAGAGAUAUAUAAUUGGUCAGAGUUUAAAAAAAAAGUUCUUGAAAAGGAAAACGGUCAAGACCUUCGCAAUCGUUUGGGAUAUCAAAGUGUUAUUCAUAUAACCUAAUUGGAAGGAGAGAAAACAAAAUAUUUGUUAAAUUUAAAAAAACCAAUUUUAGAACAAAAUAGUAAACCUGAAGAACUGUAGUGGGUACUAUUGAAAAUAUUUGAUAUUGUUGAAAUAAUCUAUAAAACACAUGAGCAUGCGAAAAGAAUUAAUUAACUUGUUGAUGAUUUGUUGAUGCAAGAGAGCAAAAUCAAGCAAUACUAAGAGGAUAUUGACAAGGUGAAUUAAGAAAUUCAGGUAGCCAAGACUAGCCUGAAGAGUUUGGAAAGCAAGUCUUUGAAUGAUGAUGAGAUCGUUCAGGAAUGA